AACACCGACUGAUCUCACAAUGAGCGGAAGAGGCAAGGGAGGUAAAGGACUCGGUAAAGGAGGCGCUAAGCGUCACCGUAAAGUUCUCCGUGAUAACAUCCAGGGCAUCACCAAGCCCGCCAUCCGCCGUCUGGCUCGCCGCGGCGGAGUGAAGCGUAUCUCCGGUCUGAUCUACGAGGAGACCCGCGGUGUGCUCAAGGUCUUCCUGGAGAACGUGAUCCGCGAUGCCGUCACCUACACCGAGCACGCCAAGAGGAAGACGGUGACCGCCAUGGAUGUGGUCUACGCUCUGAAGAGGCAGGGCCGCACCCUGUACGGCUUCGGAGGUUUACUUGGAGCUGGUGUACUUGGUGACGGCCUUGGUGCCCUCAGACACGGCGUGCUUGGCCAGCUCCCCGGGCAGCAGCAGCCUCACGGCGGUCUGGAUCUCCCUGGAACAGUCAGCGGGUCUCCAGUGUUACUUCUUAGCGGGCUUCUCGGUCUUCUUGGGCAGCAGGACGGCCUGGAUGUUGGGCAGCACGCCGCCCUGAGCGAUGGUCACUCCGCCCAGCAGCUUGUUGAGCUCCUCGUCGUUGCGGACAGCCAGCUGCAGGUGGCGGGGGAUGAUCCGGGUCUUCUUGUUGUCGCGGGCAGCGUUUCCAGCCAGCUCCAGGAUCUCAGCGGUCAGGUACUCCAGCACAGCCGCCAGGUAGACGGGGGCGCCGGCUCCCACACGCUGAGCGUAGUUCCCUUUGCGGAGCAGCCUGUGUACACGGCCGACUGGGAACUGGAGCCCGGCACGGGAGGAGCGGCGCGGGAGCCGGUCACUUCCAGCCAGACCAACCAGAAAAGAGGCUUCCAGCAGAGCAGCAGAGGGCGGCCCGCUCACAUUUUGGCGGACUUUUUCAAAACAUUGUUCGCCAAUGAGCGGCGGAGAUUCGGGCGAUGGGUCGCUCCUGGAGGCGGUGCUGAGCCCCUCACCAAUCAGGAGCCGGAGUCGCAGAAAGAAGAAACCAUGGCAAGAACCAAGCAGACCGCCCGUAAAUCUACCGGAGGCAAAGCGCCCAGGAAGCAGCUGGCCACCAAGGCUGCCCGUAAGAGCGCUCCGGCCACCGGCGGCGUGAAGAAGCCUCACCGUUACAGGCCCGGUACCGUGGCUCUGAGAGAGAUCCGUCGCUACCAGAAAUCCACGGAGCUGCUGAUCCGCAAGCUGCCCUUCCAGCGCCUGGUCCGAGAAAUCGCUCAGGACUUCAAGACCGACCUGCGCUUCCAGAGCUCCGCCGUCAUGGCUCUGCAGGAGGCCAGCGAGGCUUACCUGGUCGGUCUGUUCGAGGACACUAACCUGUGCGCCAUUCACGCCAAGAGGGUCACCAUCAUGCCCAAAGACAUCCAGCUGGCCCGUCGCAUCCGCGGGGAGAGGGCUUAAACUGUCCGCUGCUGAUCCACACACCACAAAGGCUCUUUUAAGAGCCACCAAAUCAUCCUAAAAGAGUAGCCUAUUUCCUUUUUAUUCGUAGUCCGUUUUAAACCCGAAACGCACAGUCUGUACUUUGUAUGAAAUAUUGACACAUGUGAACUAAACUGAAAUCCAAGAAAAGCGGAAAAAACACCAAAGCUUGUAGAAAACCUCUGAACUCGUAGGCUGUAACAUUUUCACCUAGAUAAUGUUUACACACCGUGAUCUGAACGUGAAGUCGUACUAAACUAGUGGUGGGCAGAUCAAGGCUUCGUGAAACAAUGAAACCGUUGAAGCAAAUGUGCCAUAUUGUGUCGAGGCUUCGAAACAAUCCGA